CCUUGCUUCCCCCCCCUCCCCCGACAAAGCGAGCUCCCCCUUUGACAGCCAUGGCGCAAAUACGCGGCACAGCGGGCUACAACCUAGGACACCAGAACCCCUUUGGCGGUCCUGGAAGAGCAGAUGCUACGAGCGACCCAAGCCCGCUCGAUGCAAUCCGAGAGCAGACCGGCAAGAUUGAGGACUGGCUAGAUACUUUCUCCGACCCCAUCAGGCCUUAUCUACCAGCUGUCGGCCGUUUUUUGAUAGUCGUUACUUUCCUCGAGGAUACUCUACGCAUCUUGACUCAAUGGGGCGACCAGCUAUCCUAUUUGAAAGACUUCAGAGGAAUUCCAUGGGGCAUAUCGCAUAUCUUCCUCCUAAUAAACAUCGUUGUGAUGGUCUCUGGUUCGAUUCUGGUCAUCGCACGGAAACAUAGUGAAUAUGCCGUCGCGGGGCUUCUCAGUGUUGUCGUCCUUCAGGCGCUUGGAUACGGCCUCAUCUUCGACCUGAACUUCUUCCUCCGCAACCUCAGCGUCAUUGGAGGGCUUCUCAUGGUUCUUUCAGACUCCUGGGUGCGCAAACGGUUUGUCCCCGCGGGUCUCCCUCAACUCGACGAGAAGGACCGGAAGAUGUACAUCCAAUUUGCGGGGCGUGUCCUGCUUAUCUUCUUGUUCCUCGGGUUCGUAUUGUCUGGCAAAUGGUCCUCCUGGAGGAUCAUUUUUAGCCUGUUUGGAUUGGUUGCGUGUGUGAUGGUUGUCGUUGGAUUCAAAGCGAAGUGGAGUGCGACCAUUUUGGUUGUUAUAUUAAGUGUCUUCAACCUUCUGGUUAAUAACUUCUGGACGCUGCAUUCCAAACACCCACACAAAGAUUUCGCCAAAUAUGACUUUUUCCAAAUCCUCUCCAUUGUCGGUGGUCUCCUUCUCCUCGUCAACAUGGGACCCGGUCAAUUCAGCGUGGACGAGAAGAAAAAGGUGUACUAAAUCAUGUCUUGCCUCUUUUCCCCUUCCCAAUAAACGUGAUGAUCAGAACAAGAAAAGGAGAACAUCGGAAACGAAAAAGGCGGGCCCAAUUAUACUCGCAAUAUCAACAUGCGAAUCGUAUCACUCUACAUUUAUCGAUACCUGGUACUAAAUCUCUUACAAUAUUUCCUAUUCAAUCUACCCGUCCAUAGGUUUUCUCCUUCCGUAUUUCCUACGCUUCUUUAUAUCUUCCUUUUCUUUCCAGCAACCCUCAAUGUCUCGGAUAAAAAAAAACCUAUUGUGUUGUUUGUCCUAUCCCCUAACCGUUGUUGUGCUUCUUUCGUCAAGAAAUCUUUUGCUCCACUCUCAUAGCAUAGUUGUCUCUUUAACAUUUUUUUAAAUUGUCUCAUCUUUGACAAUCAUGCUUUUCCCUUUGGUGUUUUGUUUAACCUUUUGUCUCCUCUCGCCCCCUCCCAACCAUACCUCACCUGGCUCUUGUCUUGAAAAGCCUGGUGAUGUUUCAUUAUGGUGAUUUGUUUUUUACUUCGCUCCAGCUUGCUGUCAACGCAAACUUCAAGUUGAAUUCCACUUUCUUCACAAUUUCUUUCCCCUACUUGUGAAACCGACAUUUUAUAUAUGUAUGUAUGCUAUGUAUGUGCAAUCUGAUUUGUAAGGCCUUGCUAUUAUUUAUUCUGGGGAAAGCUAAUUGUUUUGGCUUGGCUCCGAAAGAGGGUUGAGUAAUGUACACACCUUUUACUGCAAAAACGUUAGUUGAUUCAACCAAUUUGUUGAUGGCUAUGCGGAUUAUAUUUGUAUAUUUUUUUAUACAUGCAGUCCAAAAGCAUGAAAGGGGUGUCCUUUUGCUGGCGAAAAGUGGAACUUGUUGAUGCAGCUGGAAUCAAG